AUGGAUAAACCACAAGAAGAAAUGCAGUUCUUAGGUCUCUUAGGCAUCUACAAAGAAACCAUUAAAACCAUCGUCUCAUGGAGAAAAAUCUUCACUCAAAUCACCCUAACCUUCAUCCUCCCCUUAGCCUUUAUCUUUCUAGCUCACAUGGAAGUCUCUAAUAUAAUUUCAAGAAAAAUAAUCCACACAGAUUUCCAAAAACACAUAACCCGACCCGGAACCCUAAGGUACAAUAAACUUUCUGACGCACUAAGAUCUGAAUGGAUCACAUACUGGCUACUUAAAGCCACCUACUUCACCUUUCUCAUCGUCUUUUCACUCCUCUCAACUUCAGCAGUCGUCUACACAACUGCUUCCAUUUACACUACACGUAAUUAUAAUCUCACAUUCACCACUGUCACUAGCAUUGUCCCAAAGGUUUGGAAGAGACUUGUUGUCACUUUCUUAUGUGCGUUUGUGGUUUUCUUUGUUUAUAACAUGCUUGCUAUUCUGAUACUAGUUUUCUACAUGGUUCAUUUCCCUGAUAACACAUUUGGUGUGGUGGUGUUUCAUGUUAUGUUGGUUUUAUACUUUGUUGGGUUUGCUUACAUGAGCAUUAUCUGGCAAAUGGCAUGUGUUGUUUCGGUUUUGGAAAGUUGUUAUGGGGUUAGAGCUAUGAUGAAAAGCAUGGACUUGAUUAAAGGGAAACGAUGGGUGGCGAUUAUUGUUGUUUCAAAGUUGGUUUUAUCUUUUUUUGCAAUGCAAAUUGUGUUUGAAGUAUUUGUUGUGAAUGGUGGAGAGUUGGGAGUGGGAGUUUGGAGGAGAUUAGGGUUUGGGGUUUUGUGUUUGGUGGUGGUUUUGAUGUUGUUUCUUUUUGGGCUUGUUGUUCAGACGAUUCUUUAUCUUGUCUGUAAGUCGUAUCACCAUGAGAAUAUUGAUAAAUCAAGUUUGGCUGAUUUCCUUGAAAACUAUCUUGGUGAUUAUGAGGCUUUGAAUGGAGACGACAAUGUUCAAGUUCAACUAGAACAGGCAAAUGUUUGA